AUGCAGUCAGCAGACCAAUUUGCUCCAUUCUUGGAGCUCUCCCCCGAACUUCGACUGCUCAUCUAUCAUCACGUCUGGCCCGGACCGGACGAUGGUCAAUCCAGCAACGCCCCAAACAGCAAUAUAAGGCGAUCGAACAUCGCCGCGGAAUCAGCACUGCUCCGCGUAUGCCGCACAACCUGCAUCGAAGCAUCUCCCAUCUUCUUCACCAAAAACGCGUUCGUAGCCACAAUCGCAAGCGACAGCUGGCACUGGCUUCCUAAAUGGCUCCAACUCAUCGGCCCCAAACACACCUCACUCAUCCCCAGCUUAACAAUCGAAUGGCAUCUCUCACAGCGCACACUCGACUGGUUCGCAACCCACCAUAACAGAAUCUGCCAUUGGGCAGAAGACGAACCAUCUUGUCAAAAGUCGACCGCAAGCCUUCCCAUCUUAACCUCCCCCGACGUCGGCUUCGCCCUCGCACUCGCCACAGCAUACCCAGCUAUCCCCACCGACCUCCAUGAAUACACGCAGCUCGAACUCACGAAUACAUGGGCAGCCAUAAAUUUAGCCAUUGCCUUCAAGAACGUCCCCGGAUUGCAUCUCAACAGAAUCCACAUUCCUGAGGAUUCUCCUCCAGGAAUUCCACCCUUCACUUCCGUGGCGGGCUCGGGGUGUAUGGAGGAAACGAAAAUUAUUCGUGAUAUCUGUGGUCUAAGUCAGAUGGUUUUCCAUCACAAGCUUGAAGAUGAUGACGGAGACGGAGAAAAAAGGAGCGGAGAAGAAGAUGUAGAUCAUGAGCAAGAUGGGUGA